UCCCUCCUUCUCCCUCGCUCAAACUCAAACCUCAACCAAUCUGAAAUGGCCUCUAUCACCAAGCCUUCGUCCCGCUACAGUACCUACGAUUCACGCUCCUCUGCCACUUCCUCUCACUUCUCCGACCCCUCUUCCUCCUCUGAGUUCAACCAUAAAUCCUCUGGUUCAUCUUCUCGUGCUCUCGUUAAAGCCAAGCCCUCCGAUCUUGCUCGAACCAGAGGCGGCAAGAGCAGUAAAACAGACCCCAGCCUGAGUACAAUGGUGAGAAAGCUCAUGGAGAAGAAAUCCGCGGUGACAAAGCCUAGCUCUGGAGGAAACCAGAAGGCGGGAUUGCUGAUUCCGGCGGAUUUUAUUGCCGAGGAUUUGAAGAAGAAUGCGCGGAGGGCUACGGGAUUGUCCGCAUUGCAGAAGAAGCUCUUCGGAAAGCCGUCGUCGUCGGAGAUGACGAAGGGGAAGGAGGUAAAGGCCCUCACGGAGGUGAAGGGAAACACAAGGACGCUAGCUAUGGUGCUGCGGAGUGAGAGGGAGCUGUUGAAUAUGAACAAGGAGAUGGAGACGGAGAUUUCCAAGCUGAAAUUAAUGCUUGAGGAGAAGAAUAAAGAAGUGGAGAAGUUGAAGGAUUUGUGUUUGAAUCAAAGAGAAGAAAUCAAGUCCCUUAAAAGUGCUAUUCUCUUCCCUGAUGUGAUGAAUUCUCAGCUCCAAGAACUUCUAGAGCAGCAAGGCUCUGAGUUGACGCAGGCAAAACAGGUCAUUCCAGCUCUACAAAAGCAAGUCUCUUCUCUCACUGGUCAGCUCCAAAGCCUAGCAGAGGAUCUCGCAGAGGUUAAGGCUGAUAAGCGUGCAAAAUCACGUUUGCAAGAUCAUGAAAGUUCUCCAAGAACACCAACAAACGCUGCUAUUAACUCUUGGGAACUCAGCUCUGAUGAUUUGACAAUCCCAGGAAGUCCAGAUGACUUGUUACUGAAGGAUCUAAAUCCUUGUUUAACACCCCGCAAUGCAAAGUCAAAAUCUAGGGAAUUUGAGUGUACAGGUUCAGGAUCUUUAAAUGAUGAAAGCUUCUCUGAAGAUGAUGAGAUUCAAGUAUAUCCUAUGACAGACUUUAAUGGUUAUGGUAGGAAGCUAUCCAAAAGCUCUGAUUGUGGCCAGAAUUACAGCCAAAAAGACAUGACAACAAAAGCUAGCCGAAGAUCCGAUGAGAGCAAAUCAACCUACGGAAACCGCAUGAAUCAUCACAAACUACUAAUAUAAAUUGUCCUAGUUUCAAGUUUUUAUUGAGAUUUCUCUCAUUCAUUCCUUGUCGUCAUCAUCUACGAGUUGUCAGUGUAUUUCAGAAGCGGCAGACUCAAAAUGUAAAAGUAAAUUAUUCCUUCUUGCGUAUAUGGUGGGCAUAUAAGGACAAGAAUAAGACCACAUAAGCAAUAAUAAAUCCCAAUAUAGCUUCCAACUUAGAACAUGA